CCAGGGGCUGAACUGCAGAGAAGGGGGCGCGGGGCACGCAGCAUGGCGCCCAACAUCUACUUGGUUCGCCAGCGGAUCAGUCGACUUGGCCAGGUGCGGCCUGAGGCGGAGCCUCCCGGUCCCCGCCCCGGCCCGCCCCUCGCUUCCCCAGCCGCCCUUCUCAGUCUCCAUCCCAGAGUCUCAGCCAGCUGCUCAACCGCCGCUGCUCCCUCCCCCACGCCCCGCCCCGCCCCGCCCCACGGCCGCCCGGGCCCGCCUCCGAGCCCGGCCAGCGCGCCCGCCCCGCCUGCCUUUCCUCGCCGCCGGGCUGCUCGGGUCUCGUCGGUCCCCUCCUUCUCCGCCCCGUCGUCCUGACUCUCUCUCCCUCCUUCCCUCAGAGAAUGUCCGGCUUCCAGAUCAAUCUCAACCCUCUCAAGGAGCCACUCGGCUUCAUCAAGGUCCACGAGUGGAUUGCUUCUAUCUUUGCUUUUGCCACCUGUGGAGGUUUUAAGGGCCAAAUAGAAAUUCAAGUGAGUUGUCCUCCCACAAUUACCGAGAAUAAAACUAUUACAGCUACUUUUGGUUAUCCAUUCAGGUUGAAUGAGGCAUCAUUUCAGCCACCUCCAGGUGUAAACAUAUGUGAUGUAAAUUGGAAAAGUUACGUUCUCAUAGGCGAUUACUCUUCUUCUGCACAAUUCUAUGUUACCUUUGCAGUGUUUGUGUUCUUGUACUGCAUUGCUGCCCUUCUGCUUUAUGUUGGCUACACGAGUCUGUAUCUGGAUAGUCGUAAACUUCCUAUGAUUGACUUUGUUGUUACACUUGUUGCCACUUUUUUGUGGUUGGUGAGCACUUCUGCCUGGGCUAAAGCUCUGACAGAUAUUAAAAUAGCUACUGGUCACAAUAUUGUUCAGGAACUUUCGCCUUGUAAGAAGAAAGAAAUACUGUGUUACUUUGGCUCUGUGACCAGUAUGGGAUCCCUCAAUGUAUCUGUGAUCUUUGGCUUUCUGAAUAUGAUACUUUGGGGAGGAAAUGCUUGGUUUGUAUACAAAGAGACCAGCCUACACAGUCCAUCAAAUACGUCUGCCCCUCAUAGCCAAGGAGGUAUUCCACCUCCUACCGGAAUAUAAUUAAAGGGAAAAAUACACUGUAUGAAGUAUAUGUUGAUACUAUGACAUGUUGCCAACAUCUUGAGAAGCAUUAUUUGUUUCUAAUAAAAGUAAUGGCUUUGUCAAUAUAUUGGUGGGUUUAAAAUUUUGCUGCUUUUUUACAUAAAGCCUGUGCCUUUCCUAGAAAGUUAAGAUGUAAAUGUGUUCUCACAUGUAAAUUUGAAACUUCAGGGGCCUAUUAUGAAAUGAUACACAUUUUGAAAUGAACCAUAAUUUUUUUCACUAAGCUGUUUGCCUUCCAAAGUGUUUACACCUUAAGCCUUAACAUGUAUCUUCAUUCAGAAAGCAGUUAUAUUGUCAUACCAUAGUAGGAAGAAAAAUCUUUAUUUGGAAUAUACACUACUGUAAGUUUGUACAGAUCAUAUACCUAAGACCCGUCUUUGCUUAAAAAGCCUUGAUUACAUAAAUAUGUAGGAAAAACAUAUUGAGUUCAAAAUUUAUAUCUAACAUUGUUUAUGUUAUGAUGAUUUUAAUUGCAAAGACUAGGUGUAUAUUUUUUUCUGUUUUUCUAAAUGACCCGUGGUACUUAAUAGGUGAACUAAAAUUGUGUUGGGAGCAGGGAUUUGGAAAUUUCUGAUAGAUGUGUAGUUAAUAUAGUAAUUCUGUUUCAUGAGAUAUAAUCUAUUAUGCUAGUGGUUUAAUAGGCUUGCUAUAUAAGUAGAAAGAACAUGGCUCAACUAGAUAUCUUUAUAUGUAUGGGCAUUACUCUUAGUGAUAUUUGUUUCUUGUCCUUUGUUGCUCAUGCUAUUUAAGUGCAGGCUGAGACCCAGCCUCUUUGUAAUCAAAAUAAUCCACUGUUUUUUGCAGACCCUAUUCACAGGGUUAAAAAAAAUUAAGAUUGCUUUCCAUGUUUGAAAUUUACCAUUGAGAGUCAAUGAAGUUGCUAUUUUGAGUUUAGCAUUGAUAUUGUGAAAAUAAAUGCAAUUUGGAUUUCAUGUUUCUUAAUAUUCAUUCUUGUUUCACAAAUGAAUGAUUAAGGAAUUAUGCAUCAUAAAGGAACCUAAGUGAGGUAUAUGAUGAGUGUAUUGUCUUUGCACACACACAUAUAGGUAUAUUCUGAAUACAAGCUUAUUCACAUUUUGCUUCCUAAUCUUUUUGUUGUACAGGGAUUCAGGUUUCUUAUUCUUACAACAUGAUUGUUUGUAUGUGAAGCACAUCUUGCUGUUGCCUUAUUUUUGAUGCUUUUAUUCAUGAUAAGAAUUGUCAAUGUAAGAAUGUAUAUCUUUUUUGCAACCAAUUUAAUAAAGGAGUUGAAAGAAA